GUGCGACCCAUACAUGAGUUGUCAACGAAAACAUUGACUUAAAAAACAAAAACACUUUUCAAUGGCUUUGAAGACCUCUUCGCCAAUGGUUUCGGUGAUCAUAAAGACGUGAUAUGUUUGGCUCGAAGUCGAAGGCCGUGUCGUCGCCAUCGCGGGUCAGCAUCGAGGAGGCCAACAGUCACCUGAGGGCUGUCCACCAGCGCGUGGAACAGUUGGAACAGAUCAUCACAACACAGAGACACCAAUUGGUGGCCAAUGAGGACACCCAUCGACAGGAGGUCCAGUGUUUGGUGCAGACGCACGACAAACACGUCCAACACCUCAACCAACAGAUGGAUUCGUUGAAAGACAAAAUCCAGGACUUGGAGCACAAACUCGAGAAACAAAACUAUAAACUGAUUGAAGAAAACGCGAAACAAAUGGAGAAAUUGUCGCAAAUCUUGAAAUUGACGCCAAAUUUAGAGAAAUUACUGAAACUAUUGAAUAGUCUUAUGAUUAAUAACACGAAUUGCGUGAAAACAGUGGACUUGAGGUCCGCCACGAGUCAUGAUCUCAUGAAUGGCUUCGGCGACAACUCACCUCUGGAGGACAUCCCUAACCCUCACAACAACCACAGCAACAGUAGUCACAAAAUAGCUGUAAAUACGGGCGAAAAGGCGCCCAAAAAGUCGGUUAAACUCAACUGCGAGGACCAGUGUAUACCGGAAGAGGUGUUCCUAUCGGAGACCUCGUCCACCAACACAUCCAUAGGUCGGUCGCCGCCGUCGUCCACCACAUCGUCAGCGGCCACCGGACUCACGGUUAUGGCUACCGGCGCGGCGGGCAAUGGCGGCUCGGGUUCCGGUGCUCACAAUCAUCACCACAAGAGGUCGAGUAACUCGAAGCUAAGAAUUGGUCGCAGUUUUAACAUAACCGCCAACUUCUCGGACGAUGAGGAACAGCCGGUGGGACGGGCUGUCGACCGGACCACCCACUCGUCCACCAGCGCCGUCAACACGAGGCCCGGAAUGCCCCGUAAAAAGUCUACCGAUAUUUAGAGUAUUAUUUGUUUUCAUUAUUUGUUUUAUUUAUUGUGUUUUUAAUUUGUUUUCAUAUUUAUUGUUUAAUUUAUUGAUUAAUUUUAUUUUAUACAUAUUUAUGGUAUUAUUUGUUAUGUAUUUUGUGUUUUAAAAUUACUUUUUUAGUCAAACUUUUAGUCAAUACAAUAGAAAAGCGAAUCCAAUCGAAGGCUUAACUUAAACUGAAUGAAUAUUUUAACUAAAUAUUGAAAGCUUAUCCACUUAUGAAAUACAAGUAAUUUAUUGUAAAAAUCAACACUUUGUUUGAUUGUAAUGAUUAUGAUAAUUACGAAAAUAUUUAUAUUAUACACCCAACC